GAAAUGGAAGACUUUGUGCAGAGCUCUGGAGAGCAUGGUAUUGUGGUGUUUUCUCUGGGCUCUAUGGUCGACAACAUGACAGAAGAGAGGGCCAAUGUGAUUGCUUCAGCUCUUGCACAGUUUCCACAAAAGGUUAGAAAAUGCACACCCAUGCUACACCAGUGCACAUUUAAUUUGUUCAAUUCUACAUUGCGUCAUCCUAAAACCAAAGCUUUUGUAACUCAUGGAGGAGCUAAUGGUGUGUAUGAUGCCAUCAACCAUGGCGUCCCCAUGGUUGGACUACCUUUGUUUGGGGAGCAACGUGAUAACCUAGCUCACAUGAAAGCCAAAGGAGCAGCUGUUGUUCUGAAUUUUCUAACAAUGUCAACUACAGAUUUGGUCAAUGCACUGAAUUCCGUCAUUAAUAACCCAUUCUAUAAAGAAAAUGUCAUGAGGCUAUCAACCAUUCACCAUGACCAGCCUAUGACACCUCUGGACCGAGCAGCAUUCUGGAUUGAGUACAUCAUGCGCCACAAAGGGGCGAAGCACCUGCGGCCACUGGCCCACAACCUUACCUGGUACCAGUACCACUCUCUGGAUGUGAUUGGCUUCCUACUGGCCUGUGUGUUGACAAUUACUUUUCUUGUCAUAAAGUGUUGCCUGUUUUGUUAUCAAAAAUUUGUAAAAAUAGUAAAGAAAAAGAAAGAGUAAAGCUAUGUGAGACUUAUGGGUAAUAGGCAUAUAAGUGAGGCUACUGUAUUUAACUUGAUCACAGAAAAAUCAAGCUUUAAGAAAAUGAUCCUUCAUGUUUUAUGAGACUUGUUCCUCAACUUGCUACAUAUUGCAUUAUUGGUGAAAUAUUCAACUAUGUUCAAUUUCAAUUUCAUAUUUCCUGAAGUAUACAUUGGAAGUCAACUAUAUGUAUUAUGCUGCUGAAAAAUAACUAAUGAAUUUUUUUUAUUUGAGAAAACUGAAAGCUUUAAUGUUACUUUGCAUUUUCUUUAGCAUUCUGAGUAAAAUGAUGACAAAUUGGC